AUGCCACUUUCAAAAAAGAAAAGAUUGGCAAUCGCCCUUUAUUUGGCAAAUAAUACAGAGCGAAAGCAAAGAGAACAUUGGGUUCAUCCUAUUUUAAAAAGGAGGAAAGAGCUUGGUGAAUACCAUAGACUUGUCCAAGAAAUGCGAAUUGAGAGAACGGUUGCAUUUCGAAACCAGUACCGCCUGGACCCUGAUAUGUUUGAUGACCUGAGGAGUCUAGUGGCUCCUUACAUCACUAAAACCACGACUAAUUUCCGAGAACCUAUAUCUCCUGAAGAGAGGCUUGGAAUCACAUUGGGGACAUCGAAAUCAACAGUUUCAGGAAUAGUCAAAGAAACUUGUGAGACAAUUUGGAAAUCACUCAGAAAAGAAUAUUUUAACCCGCUAACAGUUACAAAAUGGAAGCAAAUCGCUGAAGAGUAUGAGAAAAAGUGGAAUUUCCCACAUUGCAUGGGGAGCAUAGAUGGGAAACAUAUACAAAUUCAAGCACCGAUGAAUUCAGGGUCCCUUUAUAGCAAUUACGAGCACACCUUCAGCAUUGUGCUAAUGUCCCUUGUUGGCGCCGAUUACAAUUUUGUUUUUGUAGAUGUGGGAGCUUACGGAAAGCAGAGUGAUGGGAGUGUUUUCUCCCACUCUGCUCUCGGUAAGCUCCUAAAUGAAGGGGCCCUGAAUUUGCCGGAUGAAACAACACUUACUAGCAGCUCAAAAAAGGCUCCCUAUGUGAUAGUGGGGGAUGAAGCUUUCCCACUCCAAAAGCACCUGAUGAGACCAUUCCCGGGGCGAAAUUUGCCAAUUGAUGAAAAAGUUUUCAACUACAGGCUAUCCAGGGCAAGGCGAGUAGUAGAAAAUGCAUUCGGUAUAAUGAGUGCGAAGUGGAGAGUUUUUAGGAGGCCCAUGGGUGUGUCGCCACAAAAGGCAGAGUUGGUUGUGAAGGCAGCAUGUCGUUUGCAUAAUUAUGUAAGACGCCAUACACUGAUAGACGCAGGUGAAGUGGAUAGGGAAGACCUGGAGGGAAACAUAACAAGAGGAAGUUGGCGAGUACAUGAGGAUAAUAGUUUUUUGCCCCUGCAAAGGCAAGGUCGCAGAAAUAGUGUAGCGGCGGCGGCUGUUCGUGACAGCCUUAAAAAUUAUAUCAUGGUUGAUGGAGCUUGUCCCUGGCAAUUUCAAAGAGUCAGAAGGACAUGA